GAGAGAGAGAGAGAGAGAGAGAAUCGGUCGGAAAUCACUCUCACAUAGGCUAGCCACCGUGUACACGCGCAAGUAAGCUGCGACGAGAGCGCGAGCGAGCGUUCUUGGUAACUGUCACGAAACACUGAGAGGUGAACAGAUGAUGAGAGCACGCGCACUGGACAUUACCGGACACAGCCUUGGAAGGUUUUCUCAUUUUUUGACUUUCACCUGCUGAUUGAUAGAAGCCAAUAAGUUUUGGAGGAUGCUGUCUGUGUAAGCCGUGUGGAAUUGGAGCUUUCGAGAUGUUGUGAUUCCGGUCCGGACUAGCGUUGGUUCGGGGUUUCCUGCCGUGCGCAAAGAGAGGACACUUCUCUCAGAUGCGCGUAACUACCAUCAGCCAAGUUACGCGCUCUUGUUUUCUGACCCGAAAGACUUUUCGCUAACAUUUAAGCGGACCCUCAAUGUAAAAAGAGGAAUUUUAAGACAGCUGACAGAGGGAAAGGGUGCUGUUUUAUAUCGAUAGGAUUGCGGUGGUGCUGAAUUUUGGAUACCAAAAGCGCUUGAUUUGUGGAAAGGGGACGCGGCGGACGCUCCGGCUGCAUCACUCAAGACUUGUACUAGGAGUAUUAAUCCUUCAAGACUGAUGAUGUGCCACGGUGCGAUGUGGUCACAGUGGAGUGCCAUGCUGCUGUGGAUUGUGCUUCUUCUCUGUUGCACUGCUAAUCUGGUCAAUGCCAUCAUCUACCAUGUGAUCGAGGAGCAGCCACCCAACACGCUAAUUGGCAGCUUGGCAUCUGACCAAGGCCUGCCAGACACUGGGCACCUUUACAAGCUUGAGGUGGGUGCUCCUUACCUCCGCGUGGAUGGCAAAACGGGAGAUAUCUACACCACGGAGACCCCGAUCGAUCGGGAGACUCUUAAGGACUGCCGCAACCUUUUCGAGGGGGAUCCUUGUUUCCUUGAAUUUGAAGUAUCUAUUACAGACCUGAUGAAAGGCACAGGGCCUCGGCUAAUCGAAGGCCGCAUCGAGAUCAUAGACGCGAACGACAACACUCCGCAGUUCGCCUCACCCGUGUUGUCAUUGUCGAUCCCGGAGAACACACACGUGGGUGCGCUUUUCUUUAUUCCAGUGGCCAGCGACAAGGAUUCUGGAAGCAACGGCAUCGCUGAUUAUGCGCUAACGACCGGUCCUGAAGCCGGCAACCUUUUUAGCCUACAGGUGGCACAAGACUCAGAUGAGAAAGUGCCACAGCUGAUUGUAUUGGGUAAUCUGGACAGAGAGCAGCGAGAUUCAUAUGACCUCAACAUAAAGGUGGUCGAUGGCGGGUCUCCACCACGCCAGAGCAGUGCCCUGCUCAGGAUCACCAUUACAGAUGCCAAUGACAAUGUGCCCAAAUUUGAAAGAUCGCAUUAUGAGGGUGAGCUGCCCGAAAACAGCCCAGUGGGUCAUUCUGUUCUACAAGUGAAGGCCAAUGACUCUGACAUGGGCCCCAAUGGAGAGGUGACCUACACCAUUCACCAGGCACCACCUGCAGUCCAAAGGCUUCUUAGCAUUGACCGUACCACAGGAAUCAUUUUCGUCAAAGGCUUGGUGGAUCGUGAAGAAAUCAGCAUACUCAAGUUUUACGUCCAAGCUAAAGACAACGGUCCCCAGUCCAAGACCUCAAAAGCCCUUGUGACCAUCACAGUGAAAGACCAGAAUGACAACGCACCUUCAAUCAAGAUCCGGGGCAUUGGCCUGGUGACGCAUGAAGGUGGCAUCGCUAACAUAUCAGAAGACAUGCCAGUUGGUACAGCUGUAGCUCUGGUGGAGGUGUCUGAUCGGGAUGAGGGUGAGAAUGCUGUUGUGACCUGCGUGGUUGCAGGGGACGUACCAUUCCAGCUGCGUUCAGCUAGCGAAACGGCUAAUGACCGCAAGAGGAAGUACUCUCAGACAACCACAGUUCUGGACUAUGAACGGAUCAAAGACUACAGGAUUGAAAUUGUAGCAGUGGACUCUGGCAACCCUGCACUGUCCAGCACAAACUCCCUGAAGGUGCAAGUUACCGACAUGAAUGAUAACGCUCCGGUCUUCUCCCCCACUUUGUAUGAGGUCAAAUUUUUUGAAGAGAACCAGCCAGGUGACAAUGUUCUGGAUGUAACAGCCACAGAUGCAGACAGUGGGACUAAUGCAGAGUUGACAUACAGUAUAACUGGUGGAUCGGUCCCUGAUGGGCUUUUUGAAAUUAACCCUAACACCGGAGAGGUGCGAGUCAUGAGCCAGUUGGACCGUGAACAGUUAGAUCACUAUCAGUUUCUAGUUGCAGCAGCUGAUAAAGGUUCACCAAGCUUGAGAGGAACAGCCACUGUAAUUCUUAAGGUGCAAGACCGAAAUGACAAUGAUCCGAAAUUUAUGCUAAACGGCUAUAGCUUUUCAGUUCAAGAAAACAUGCCACCCCUUAGUCCUGUUGGAAUGGUAACAGUCAAUGAUUAUGACGAAGGCGAGAAUGCUCGCAUUCAGCUCUCUGUGGAACCAGACAAUGGCAAGUUUAUGAUUCAAAAUGGAACAAACACGAUCCUUUCAACUAUUUCGUUUGACCGGGAGAAGGAAAGCACCUACAGUUUCAGACUUAAAGCUGUAGAUGGAGGUGAUCCACCACGUUCCUCUUACGUUGGCAUUACCAUUAAUGUCCUUGAUGAGAAUGACAAUGCUCCAUAUGUCACCAGGCCCUCUAACUCCUCAUACAAGUUCUUGGAUCCUCGAACCAGCCCGGAAACACACGUAGAAAACGUUGAGGCAGAGGACUUUGACAUUGGUUCAAAUUCUGAACUGGAGUUCAGUAUCAUCGGUGGCAACCCUCACGCAUUGUUCCGCAUUUCUCCAGAAGGUGAGAUUACGUUGGCUAAGGAGUUCACAUCCAAACACAUAGGUCUGCACCGUUUGGUGGUAAAGGUUAAAGACAAAGGCACACCACCACGCCAUACAACUGCACUGGUUCACAUCUAUGUGAAUGAAACAAUCGGCAAUGUCUCACAUGUUGAAGGACUUGUUGGCCACAGCCUUUAUACACCCCUUGAGAUGGACAUUGCUGGCGAUCCCGAUUAUUCUCGAGACCUGCAUAAUAACAUGAUCUUGGGCGCGGUCUUGGGCGCCUUUUCCGUCGUCAUUCUAGUCAUUGUUGUAGCAGUGGUUAUCAGGCAUGUAGUGCUGAAGGAGAAUAAAAGUGGUUACCAGGCGGGUAAAAAAGAGACAAAAGACUUAUAUGCCCCCAAACCAGGACCUAAGAGCAACAAGAACAAAAAGGCAAAGAAAAAUAAAGCUCCAAAGCCAACCAACCCAACUGAAGAGGAUGAGGGAGGAACUCUUCAGAAAGGCUUAAAAUUCAACCUCAUGAAUGAGAGCGUCACCGAUAGCCCCAGGAUUCAUCUGCCACUCAACUACCCUCCAGGAAGCCCAGACCUGGGACGACACUAUCGGUCAAAUUCACCUCUGCCAUCCAUUCAGCUCCAACCUCAGUCACCUUCUGCCUCAAAGAAACACCAGGCAGUGCAGGACCUGCCAGCCACCAACACCUUUGUAGGAACCGGGGAUAACAACUCGACGGGCUCAGACCAGUAUUCGGAUUACAGCUACAAGGCCAACCCUCCAAAAUACAGCACCAAGCAGCUCCCGCAUCGUCGAGUGACCUUCUCCACAGCCAAUCAGGCACAAGAUCUGCAGGAUCCCUCUCAACACAGCUACUACGACAGUGGUCUUGAAGAGUCAGAGACUCCCAGCAGUAAGAGUUCUUCAGGGCCUCGUAUCGGGCCCCUCGCCCUACCCGAAGACCACUACGAACGCACCACCCCAGACGGCAGCAUCGGAGAGAUGGAGCAUCCCGAGAAUGAUCUGAGGCCUCUACCUGACGUCGCCAUGACGGGAAAAUGUACGCGCGAGUGUACGGAAUACGGCCACUCGGAUUCCUGCUGGAUGCCUGGACAACCUUCACCCAACCGUACCAAGAGUCACAAGAGUGGGCCGAAACUUUCCACCUUUGUGCCUUACCAGGAGAGGGAGGGUCAAGAGCGUUUGAUGGCCGACAGCAGCUCCAAGCCUCUGGGAGAAGAGCGAAGUGGAGGUGGGGGGAACAAAGUGGCCAGCAUUCGCUUUUUGCCACCCUACACUAGUGCCUAUUCCGCAGGUGGCGAUGGUGGUAAGGACUGCCCCCUGGAGGAGAUACCCCUGAGUCAGACAGCCGAUUACGCCCCUGCUACUACACCGUCUAGCCAAGGUUCAAAAAGAGAAAUCUACCUGUGACGCGCCGGUUUUCCGUCUGGAUUCGGUUCCACAUUUGAUCCAGUUUAUUUGUGAUCAGCAAUGCCUGUGAGAGGAUAAAAGGCCUCAUUGUCAAAAUCUACCGCAAAACCAGACCUUAAUUUACACAAAUCAUCUGGACAUGCAUCUCCAGUAUUUUCAGAUAUGAGCCUAAUGGCUGACACAACACAGCUAGAGUCCUGCUUCAAAACCCUUUGGGUGUUUAUAUAUCUCUGCACAUUGUUAGAGGCUCUGGAAGCCAAAUAGAAAGAUAUGAAGAGAAUUAUCCGAGAAAAAAAAGACAAAACAAUUUUGUGAAUAUGAAUGAAGAACACCCCACAUAAACUUCUAAUGAAAGAAUGUAAGAACAAUUUUGAAGUGAACUUUGUGAUAAUUUAAUGUUAAGGGUAUACUCCUAUUUUAUCCGGAUUUUUUUUGUUGAUUUUUUUAAUAUAUAUAUAAUAUAAUACUUCUGAUUGGACUGUAGUUAUGCUUACCUAAAACAUAUACGCCAAUGUAAACAUACAAAUAGUUUCUUUUUUGUUUUUCUAUACGUGUAUAAACGUGUGUUUGUGUACCCCUACUGAAUAUUUUGAGCAGGGUACUUCAAAAGAACCGGCAAAGCAAAGCUGGGGAAAUACAUUUUCAACACACAUACAGUACUUUACAGAAUAGAUCCAUCUUCAUUAUAUUUUAAGCACUGAAGGGUAAAUGUUUCUUACUUUCAUCAUUUUUUUUCAUAGAAAGCUCUUUUCUUAAUGUACAGUGAUGUAAAUACAACACACAUCUAGAGGAAGAAUUUUAGUUCCCCUCCCGACUAUUUAGCUGUACAGAACUUGAAAGUAGAAAGGACAAUGCUCAGAGGAUUUGUUUCCCUACCAGGAAAAAAAGGAGAACAGUUUUGGACCACAGAAUGCUAAAGAUAAUCCACAAUAGGAGCCUCAACUGUCUUUCAACACGGGACACAAAAUUUGGGGCAAAAUGCAUGGGGAAAAAUGGAUUACAACAGAUUUGUAUGACGUGAAUUGUCAUUUUUGAAAUGUUGCCCCAUGCUUCAUCAGUUCCCAAGGGAUGCCUUGUAAGAGCAGGAUAGAGAUCUGGGUAACUGGCUUCCCCGGUGACUUUCUCCUGUGUUUGAUCAGAGGACUCUAGGAGCCAAUGCUUUCGGUUGAGUUGCCCUCCAGGCUACGAUUCUGCGGGAGCUUCGUUUAACCCAUCCCAUCCUCACGAAGGAUCAACAACUUUUCACUAUGUUCACAAAAAACACCGAAUUGUCCAUGUACUGUGCAAUAGCCUUCUCGUAUUGAGACAUGUAAACUCUGUCGUGGUUGUGUCAGAUUUCUUACUCUGCUCUGUGUCGGGUUUGACCCUGUCAAAAUGAAAGCUUAAAAGAGGUAGAUGCUAUCAAAAAUAGUGACAGCAGAACAUUUCUUUCCGAAAAUAUUUGUUUGACACCAUUAAAGUUGUGUUCCACAAAUCCA